UUCAGAGAGGCAGUUGUGGUUGGUUGGUUGGUUGAGAGAGAGAGAGAGAGAGAGAGAGCGCAAACGGCAACAAAGACAGUGCCAGUGCUGCUGGGAACUGUGAGGACAACUUCAGGGAAAGCAACAGAGGGUGCACUCAAGUGUUAAACUAUCUGACAAAGGAUGUGAAGCAUGAAGAAACCAAGACAGAGUUGGAUGUAAAAUGUUAACAGAAGUUGGACUAUUCGUACAUUAAACAUGGAUGGAACUGUGAGCGGAACGGCAGAACCUCAAGAAACCAACAGCGUACAGAAUAGACCUGAGAAAGAAGAGGACAGGAUCUCGGAUAAGCCUGUGUGUGAGGCUCCUGUCGAGAGUGAUGUGGAGACUGGAGCACAGAACUCCAGGGACAGCCGUAAACUGGACUGCAUCAUCUGCUACAGCGCGUAUAACCUGGGAGAGAGACUCCCCCGGAAACUCUACUGCGGUCACACGUUCUGCCAGGCCUGUCUGAAGCGGCUGGACACCCUCAUUAAUGAGCAGAUGUGGAUCCCCUGUCCUCAGUGCAGGCAGAACACUCCUCUACCUCGCGGAGGUGCCACUGGACUAGACCUAGACCUGGCAGCGUUUCUGGGUGUUAAAGCUGAAGUGGAAAACCAGCGAACCUACAGCCAGAAGUCUCCGCUGGAGACCAAAUCCUCCUUUAUAAAACAGCCAAUCACAGAUCAACCUCCUUCGGCCUGGGCCAAUGUGGCACUGGCAGAGCAUCGUUUCCGCAGAAGCCCUUGCUGCAAGCACUGCCUGCUCUGCUGCUGGUGGUGCUAGAUUCAUGUUCACACUCCUAUGAAUCUCUUUCUGCUGUGGAUAGUGCAUAAACUGAACUCCAUGAUCAUGAGAUUACAAUAUGUCUUUGGACACUUUUUUUUUUUUUUGCAAUGGAUAUCCCACUGUCCAGAACUCAUCAACAGAUCCCUUUACAAAAUUGCCUGGGACAAUAAAAUGCAAUUUAUUUAAGUACCACAUGGAUCAGUAAUAUAACAAAUUCUGCAAAACUCAGUGUGGACUUGAGUUCAAAAUGGAACAGGAUGUAUGGACAUGAGAUACUUUUAAUAUGAUAAAGAUGGAAGAAUGGACAGACUGGAUUUCAGAUCUUAGAAAAUCCAACAGAAUUACAGAUGAUAGUUACAACAACUCAAACUAUAGGAAACCAUUGAUUGUAUUCAUGAUUUGAUUGAACCAAACUGUCAAUCAGCUUCCAGUUUAAAGCUCUCCUGUGUUGUUUUCCAGCUCUUUAAAAACUAAACUUAAAAAAAUAAAAGGAAGUAUAACAAAAAUUAAAAAUGAAAA